CCCGCACCCAGCGCGGGGCGCCAGCCGCAGCGGGGACACUAUGCGAAGGGACUGCGCGGCGCCGCACGCAGCUUUGGGUUGAAAGAGCGGGCGCGCGGCCAGGGGGGUGGCGGUGGUGAAGGGCGCGCUGGAGGCGGAGGCGUGGCGUGUGCCAUGCCGGGUUAAUCCCACCGAGAGCCACGGAGGUGUCAGGACCGCGAUACCCCCCGCCCCAGUAGAUUUGAAAUGCCUGCGACUCCAGAGCCUCAGCGUCCAGAGCGUGUCUUGUAUGUCGCUGGAAACCUGCGCCCUUCCACCUUCUGGGGAAAAUCCGCCACGCCGACCUUCCGCCCCUCCCCGCCCCCACCCACGACCGGGCAGUGACACAAAGGACAUCCGACUGCGGGGAGGAACAUCGGAGAAGGACGGUGGGGACACCGUGGGCGCCUGGCCACGGGCAUCCAGCUUCAGAUCCUAGCCUGCCACACCGGCAAGAUGUCAUAAGUCAGGGAUAGGGUUGGACCCCAAACUUGAAGUUGAGCACCUCUGAGACGAACUCGUGGUGGUUCAUGGAUCUUCAAUGAGACUUAGGGUGAUCAGAGACCAUUGAAGGAGAGACCAAAGAAGAUCAGCCAGCCCCACGGAAGCCAAGGAAAAGAAUUACACUGGCGAUAAGAGACCUGGCUCUUCAUCAUCUUUUGAAAGACACAGUAUCUUUUCUUAGAGCAGAGCGCGUAAGCACGCGUCUAGGGGAUCCGAAUCUCCCCUCUUCCCCCAUUUCGGGGGGGAAUUUCCUGAGUCCGCAGCUCCCAGGAUCUAGCCAGUGAUAUUUACUGAGUGUCUACCAAGUGCCAGGCACCAUAUCUAUGUACAUUGAAGAACUCUGUGAGGCCAAUAGAGGACCUUGUGCCCAGUGACCGUCUUUGCUUGUGGAAAUAACAGCAGAAUCAACCACAUCUAUUUGCUGCUAUUUGCUUCUAAAUCCACUCAGAACGCGAACAAUUUGGACUCAUUUUCUGGCUACAAAAACCCUGUCACCAUGAUGCAUUUCAAAAGUGGACUCGAAUUAACUGAGUUACAAAACAUGACUGUGCCAGAAGAUGAUAACGUUAGCAAUGAUUCCAAUGAUUUCACCGAAGUAGAAAAUGGUCAGAUAAAUAGCAAGUUUAUUUCUGAUCGGGAAAGUAGAAGAAGUCUUACAAACAGCCAUUUGGAAAAAAAGAAAUGUGAUGAAUAUAUUCCAGGAACAACCUCCUUAGGAAUGUCUGUUUUUAACCUAAGCAACGCCAUUAUGGGCAGUGGGAUUCUGGGACUAGCCUUUGCCCUUGCCAACACUGGAAUCCUUCUUUUUCUGAUCCUAUUGACUUCAGUGACAUUGCUGUCUAUAUAUUCAAUAAACCUCCUAUUGAUCUGCUCCAAGGAAACAGGUUGCAUGGUUUAUGAAAAAUUAGGUGAGCAGGUCUUUGGUACCACAGGGAAGCUUGUAAUCUUCGGAGCUACAUCUCUACAGAACACUGGAGCAAUGCUGAGCUAUCUCUUCAUAGUCAAAAAUGAACUUCCUUCCGCCAUCAAGUUCCUCAUGGGAAAAGAAGAGGAAUUUCCAGCCUGGUAUGUGGAUGGACGCGUGCUGGUGGUGGUGGUGACCUUCGGCAUAAUUCUCCCUCUGUGUCUCUUGAAGAACUUAGGUUAUCUUGGCUAUACCAGUGGAUUUUCCUUGAGCUGUAUGGUGUUUUUCCUAAUAGUGGUUAUCUAUGAGAAAUUUCAGAUUCCCUGCAUUGCUACAGCCCUCAAUGCAACAAGUCUUAAUUCAACAAACAGUGAUGUGUGCACGCCAAAAUACGUCACCUUCAAUUCUAAGACUGUGUAUGCUUUACCAACCAUUGCCUUUGCAUUUGUAUGUCACCCCUCGGUCCUGCCAAUCUACAGCGAGCUGAAAGAUCGAUCACAGAAAAAAAUGCAGAUGGUUGCAAAUAUCUCCUUUUUUGCCAUGUUUCUGAUGUACUUCUUGACAGCCAUCUUUGGCUACUUGACUUUCUAUGGAACCGUGCAGUCAGACCUCCUUCACAAGUACCAGAGACACAAUGAUAUUCUCAUCUCGACAGUGCGGCUGGCUGUCAUUGUUGCUGUCAUCCUCACAGUGCCGGUGUUGUUUUUCACAGUUCGUUCAUCCUUAUUUGAAUUGGCUAAGAAAACAAAAUUUAACUUAUGUCGCCAUGUCUUGGUUACAUUCAUCCUCUUGGUGGUCAUCAACUUGUUGGUGAUCUUUAUCCCCUCCAUGAAGGACAUCUUUGGAGUUGUAGGUGUUACCUCUGCAAAUAUGCUUAUUUUCAUUCUUCCUUCAUCUCUUUAUCUAAAAAUUACAAACCAGGAUGGAGAUAAAGGCACGCAAAGAAUUUGGGCUGCCCUCUUUUUGGGACUGGGUGUGCUGUUUUCCUUGGUCAGCAUUCCUCUGGUCAUCUAUGACUGGGCCUGCUCUUCAGGUUAGUGAUGAAGGCCACUGAGACCAGCCCAGGAAAGAAAAGCUUCCUGUGACCCAACACUCAUCCCCCGCCCCCCAUCAAUCAUCAGCAAUACCCGCUCCCUCCACUUCCUUUCAAGUUUACAGAAGCAAACAGAAAUGUAUACGACGCUGGAAAUGGAAUGAUACGGGUGGCACCACAGAGGCCCGUUUCUCUGGGGCCCCCUGUUCCUCUCAGACUCGAGAUCUUCAUAUGGGUUGUGAAUUUUUUUUUCCCCUCCAAAUGUCAUGCAAUUGGUUUUUAAAUUUUUUUAUUGUUAUUAUAA